AUGGAUGUCCGGGUCAGACAGUUAGCAGUGAUGUUUCUGCUUGCUAUGGUUGAUGCUCAUCUGCCGAAGCCGGCACGGGCCCCUCUGGUUCUGCACAGGCCCUUCAUGGUUCUUUGGAACGCACCAACAGAGCAGUGCAGGCUGCGGUACAAGGUGGACCUGGAUCUCAGUGUUUUUGACAUUGCAUCCAACAUCAAUGAGACUUUGAGUGGAUCCAAUGUGACAAUCUUCUAUCACACUCAUUUGGGGUACUAUCCUUACUACUCAGAUAGCGGAGAUCCUGUUAAUGGAGGGGUGCCCCAGAAUCAAAGUCUUAUCAAACACCUUAGUAAAGCAAAGUCUGACAUUGACUAUUGCAUACCCAUGAAGAAAUUUCAGGGACUUGCAGUCAUUGACUGGGAAAACUGGAGGCCCCAGUGGGACAGGAACUGGGGCAAUAAAAGCAUCUACAGAAAUAAGUCUCUUGAGAUUGUUUGGAGACGUCAUCCUCGGUGGUCAGAAGAGAAAAUUAGAAAAGUGGCUAAAGAGGAAUUUGAAAAUGCUGGCAGGAGUUUUAUGAACAACACCAUCCUUCUGGCUGAGCAUAUGAGACCAAAUGGUUUGUGGGGUUACUAUCUUUACCCAGACUGCUACAAUUAUGAUUACAAAGAACAUCCCCAAACAUACACGGGGAAGUGCCCACCCAUUGAGUCUUUCCGCAACGACCUCCUGCUUUGGCUGUGGAAGCAAAGCACUGCUCUCUACCCUUCUAUAUACCUGGAUUAUAUACUGAAAUCAAGUCCAAAUGCACUAAAAUUUGUUCACUAUCGGGUUAAAGAGGCAAUACGUGUUGCCUCAAUUGCUCGAAAAGACUACGUUUUGCCUGUGUUUGUUUACUCCAGACCAUUUUAUGCCUAUACUUUUCAUGUUUUAACAGAGACAGAUCUGGUCAAUACCAUUGGGGAAAGCGCGGCUUUGGGAGCAGCAGGAGUUGUUCUCUGGGGCAGUAUGAAAUACGCCAGCUCAAAGGAGAGCUGUUUAACUGUGAAACAGUACGUUGAUGGACCCUUAGGACAUUACAUCGUUAAUGUGACCUCAGCAGCCAAACUCUGUAGCAAAGUCCUGUGCCAGAAGAAUGGAAGGUGUAUCCGCAAAAUCAGCAACUCUUCUGCUUACCUCCAUUUGUCACCCACCGAUUUUAAGAUCCGAAGCCAUCACUCAGAGAAAGGCCACAGGUUCCAGGUGACUGGUGAACCCAGCCUGGAGAGUAUUGAAGCCAUGAGGCAGAGAUUCGUUUGUCAGUGUUACCAGGGCUGGACAGGAAUAUUUUGUGAAUUGCCUGACCAAAGGCUAUUGGAGCAUUGGAUUCAUGUAGUGUUCAGUAGAUCAAGAAAACAAAAGCUUUUUAUCUUCCUCUUAGGAGCCAUACAGCUUCUUCUGCUUUGUUCCACACACUAA